GCGACGUGCUGGGAAAAGAUGGCGGCGCCCGGGAAGAAGAAAUUGGUCCAGCAAGAGGAGCUGCGGCGGCUGAUGAAAGCAAAGCAGAGGGAGACAGCGAGCAAGAGCCGGAUCGAGUCCCCUCUGGCUAAAUAUAACAGUCUUGGUCAUUUGUCCUGUGCUGUGUGUAAUGUACCAAUUAAAAGUGAAUUACUAUGGCAAGCACACAUUCUUGGAAAACAACAUAAAGAGAAAGUUGCACAACUGAAAGGCACAAAAGUAAACACCAGUAGUCCUUCUGUGUCUGCACCGACCUCACAAGUGACUAAAAGGAAAGGGCCAAGUGUAGAGAGUCAGGAUAUAAAGAGAGUAAGAGACUCAGAGGAACAGACUUCAGCUUCAUCAACCACUUCUGCGCUUCCAACUGGCUUUUUUGAGAAGUCCGAUCAACCAUCUCAUAAACAGACUACAGUUAAUGUUGCAAGUCUUCAGUUGUUGGCAGGGGAUUAUGAUGAUGAUAAUAAUGAGGACGAGGCGAAAGAUGAGAAGCAAGAGGAAACAAGCUCAGCAGCACCAUCCCCUAUCAUACACAAAUCCGCAGAAAUCCCAUUGCCUCCACCAACAGCACAUGAUGGCCUCCCACCAGAUUUCUUUGAUAGUAAGACACCUGUGGUCUCCCAUUCUGGGUCUAUUUUGAAAGCUGACAUUCAAGAAAAACCGGUAGACAGGAAAGAGAAUACAGCAGAAGCCUUACCUGAGGGAUUCUUUGAUGACCCAGAAGUGGAUGCAAAGGUGAGAAAAGUAGAUGCUCCCAAAGAUCACAUGGCUAAAGAGUGGGAAGAAUUUCAGAAGGAAAUACGUCAAGUUAAUACUGUGUCUGAAGCCAUUGUGGCAGAAGAAGAUGAGGAAGGUCGGCUGGAUCGGCAGAUUGAGGAAAUUGAUGAACAGAUCGAAUGCUUCAGGCGAAUCGAACAUUUAAGAGACCGCAAAGAUGUCUUUAAUGAGUCAUUGAAAGAAGUUAUGAAUUCAAAAGCAGGCAAAAAGGAAGAGAAUGCCGAAAGUGAUGAAGAGGUUUUAUCAGUCAUGAUUGGUCAGAAUUGGCGAGAAAAAGGAGCUUUUCUAUAG